CCAACAACACCACGCCAAGAUCAAGCAGCUCGUACACAUUCGAAGCGUUGACCUCGCUUGAGCACAACGACCCUGCCAGCACGUGUGCGCGGCUGAAGUCUUCGCACCAUGGGCAUACCAGGUCUCGCCAGGCGACUCGAGCCAUACGCAAGUCAUUACUCGUCUGAGCAGCUUGAUGGGUACACUGCCAUUGUCGAUGGUCCCUCUUUAGCCUACUAUGCUCAUAAGCUAGCCCUCUCAACCGCUGGGAGUCAGUUCAAGAUCCCAUCGUACGCAGACAUCAACACCGAAGCUAUACGCUGGUUGGACUCGUUGGAGAAGAGCAACAUCAAAGUGUCAAACAUCGUCUUCGACGGAGCACUCCCUCAAGCAAAACGAGCCGAGAGAGUGUCCAGAACCGAGCAAAACAACAGAAGAAUUCAUCAGUUCAGGGCCAGCUACCCAAAUGCCACAUGUCCUGUACCGACAUACUUGGGUGCAAUAUCGUACGCGUUUCUUGCUCCUUCGUUGAUGGAAGCAUUGUGCAACCAGUCCUCGGCCUAUGCAUCUAGAACACGCAUCGUACCUGGAGAGGCAGAUGAUUCGUGUGCACUGCACGCGAAAGAGCUUGCACGUUCCCUCAUCUUCACCAGCGACUCCGACUUGGCUCUGUACGAAUAUCCACAAGAGACACUGAUAGUGUUCUUCCACGACGCUGUAUCAUCAACAGGGGGCACUAAGGCAUACUCACCACAUCAGGUACGACAGAAACUUCAGCUGACCAGUCUGCUACCUUUCGCACUUGCAAUCCUGAGGGACCCAUCUGUUACAUCGGACAUUAUCGUUAACAACGCUCGAAAAAUCAAACUGGAGUCGAGCGAGUACUUGAGUUUCAGCGCACGUUAUAAUGAAGAGAUUUCCACGCCGUCAUACCUCUCGAAAAACAACGGACGAUCACUUCCCAUGCAAGAUCUAGAUGUCAGGGUUUCUGAAUUCGUACAUCAGGCUCUGUCACAACCAUCUCAACAUCCACUCGUCUACCUCCCACUCCUCCUGGAAGAUCCCAACCAGGCAUCCGCGUGGAACAUGGGACAAGACAUCCGCACGCUCGCAUACUCACUCCUACAUAGCUCCACAGUUCACGAAUACAAGCGGAAAGCACAAGUCAUAGCGGUGCAGGAGAUCAGUCCUUACUCGCACGCCAAUCUCCAAGUCCCAGCCACAGACAUCGAAAGACAGAUCAGCGUGCUCAUGACUUGGGCGAGUUCAAAAUCAGUUGGUCCAGAGCUCGUCUGGCCACUCUUUGCGCUGAGCAUCGUUCUCGGAGAUCUCAAUACGCCGCCUCCAAUACCUCUUGUGUUGCGCGUGCUGAACGGCGACUUCGACAAUAAUUGGGCCUUCAUACAGUUCUCGGCUCGCAUCCAGGCGGUCUUGUACUCGCUGCGUAUGCUUAAACAGGUUGUCGCAGUCUGGCUGGCCAUCAACGAGACCGCUAAGAUCCACGAGGUUGUCAAGAGCCUGCACAAUCAUAUGACAAGCUUCCCGAGCAUCCCAGAUAUGUUCACUGUCUCAGGGCAAGGGAAGAAGGUGCUUGCAGAGCAUGAGGAGCUCAAGACGCUGGUAGAAGAGAUAUAUACUUCGGCGGGCGCUGAAGUGCCAACCGAGCAGGUGUCGAACAAAAAGAAGAAGAGGCAGGCCAGGGAAGCAGAGAGAAAGAAGAGGAAGGUUGAGCAGAGACAGCAGCAGUCCAGAUCGUAGGUAUGAUGUUUGCAUUACAUGAGUUGGAUCUGCGGUAUAGACACUUUGGCCCACUGCCGUUUGAUCUUGACAUUAGAAAGAAACAUAACUUGUAUCUGUCGA